AAAAAAAAUUGUUUGAAUUUCAAAAUAAAUAAAUAACUGUUAUCAAAAAACAACUAUUCGGCGAAAUCAAAUCGAAGCAAAACCGUUACAAAAGAAAGCGACACAGGCAGUGACGACGACGAUGAAGAAGAAUAUAAAAAGGGGGAAGACGUUUGACGCUCAAGGCAAAGCGAACAAUCUCCUUAAACUACGCCGUAUUGACGCUCUGUUUUCGCUCUUCUACGAUGACUUCGCAUUUCUGAUUUGCUUUCGCUAAUCUCGAAAAUUUCCCCGCUUUGCCGAUUUUGUUUUGUUCUUAUUUGUUGAUCGUUUCAAUACGAUACCGACUGAUUCACCAACCUGCAAGGUACUCUGUUCUCUGUUUUUUCUUCGUUCAGCAGUGGAUUGGAUUGAUGUGCAAUGCAAAGGUCACGUAGAGCUCUUCUGCAAAGAAGAGCGUUGGGGUUCGGCGGAAGGAGCCGCUUGUAUAAGGUGUCUCUGUCUUUAGUUUUUGUCUUGUGGGGGCUUGUCUUUCUUUUCAGCUUAUGGCUCAGUCGUGGAGAUGGAUACAGAGAAAAAGAAUCACGAAGAGAUGGUGCAUUGGCAUGGUACUUGGGUAGAAUCACAAACGGGAAAAUUGAUGAUGGACGACUAACGCUGCUGAUGAUAGGGCUGCUGGUGCUGAGGGUUGGGCUUUGGGAAAUUUUAAAGACUGGGAAAAUUGAUUGGGUUCCUAAAUGUUGAAGACCGAAAUCAUUGCAGGUUAUAUUAUUGAGGGCUGUUUAGUUGGCCGGGGAGGCUUGGAAACUGGACAUUUCAACCUUUUAUUUACCAUCUGACAUUGGUUGAAAAAAAAAAAAGGGAAAGAGCUUAAGGUUUUAAAAAUUAGAAAAUCCAAGAGGCAGUCAACUCUUGUGUAAGGGCACAAUAGGAGUGCUUAGUAGAGAAGCACCUGAAGUAUUUUCAGUAUUUUCAGUGCAAGGCCAAUAUUCGUGCCCAAGCAAGGAAAUCGUCUGGAAGGUUUCUGCAAUUUCAUGAAACUUCCCUGAGAUUAAGAUGGUUUGCAGUGUUAGCAUGCUUUGAGAUAUCCUGAGCGAAAUUUCAGCUGAAAAUCUAUCGAUAAGUUGACACUGUGUAUCUCCCCUUGCAAACAAGUGAAUUCUUUGAUGAAACACUGUCAUUAAUUUCGCUUUUUACAUUCAUCUUAUUUCUUCUUUUUCUUUUAUCUUUUUUCACUUUUAGUGUGAUUUUUAUGAUUUACUCCUGCAUGCUGCUUGUUAUGAGCUAUUUUGUCUCUUCUUUCUGUUAGAUGGAUCCACUGUAUCUCCAGUUGGUAUGUCAACUUGGGAUAAAGCUAAGCUGGACCGGGAUGAACACUCUGAUUCUGUAGAUAUACAAAAAGAAACUGAUUUGGUCUACUAUUCUGGUGGUGUGUGCGCAAAUGGUGUUGAAACCAGUGGUUUAAAUGGUGAAUUCUUUGCUCGUGAAGGAAGUAGACAUUGUGCCUCAGCUGAAGGAAAUAUAUUUUUUGACUCAGCUGUUAGUGAGCAACCUGAGGUGGAGAGCUCUGGUUCAGGUGUGAAACUUGAAAAUGAUGCUCCAAAGAAUGGCCGCCUACCUCGUGCUGUGCCACUUGGUCUUGAUGAGUUCAAGAGCAAAACAUUUAAUUCCAAAACUAAAUCUGGAAAUGGUGAGGCUGGAGGCAUAAAACACAGAGUGGAGCCUGGUGGUGCUGAAUACAAUUAUGCUUCAGCUGCAAAGGGAGCCAAGGUCUUGGAUUUUAACAAGGAAGCUAAAGGUGCCUCUAAUAUCUUAGGCAGGGAUAAGGACAAGUACCUUCGCAAUCCAUGUUCUGCAGAAGGAAAAUUUGUCGAUAUAGAGCUUUCAGAAGAAACGUUAGUAGAUACAAUUCAAAUAGCUAAUUAUGAGCACUAUUCUUCUAAUUUAAAGGCUUUUGAGCUGCUUGGCAGUUUGGUCUAUCCAACAGAUGAAUGGGUUCUACUUGGGAAUUUCACUGCUGCAAAUAAUAAGCUUGCACGAAGGUUUGAUCUUCAGGAACCGAAGUGGGUGAGAUAUAUAAAGUUGAAUCUUUUGAGCCAUUAUGGUUCAGAAUUCUAUUGCACACUCAGUGUUGUUGAAAUUUAUGGAGUGGAUGCUGUUGAGCGAAUGCUUGAGGAUUUGAUUUCUGUUGAAAACAGUCCGUUUGUGUCUGAGGGAGCAACUGUUGACCAGAAACCUACGUCCUCCAACCCAGACUCCCCUGAGGUUGAUGAAUUUUAUCAUAAUAUUGUUAAAGAAUUGGAACCUGAAUAUGCAGUUGGACACUCUGACUUGAACAAUGAAAUAAUGAAAAGUGAAGUGCCUGAUCCUAUCAAAGAGGUUCGCCAUCUACAAGUUAACAGGAUGCCUGGGGACACCGUUCUUAAAAUACUAAUGCAGAAAGUUCGUUCCUUGGAUUUUAGUUUAUCAGUUCUGGAGCGAUACCUGGAGGAAUCUAAUUCAAGAUAUGGCAGUAUUUUCAGAGAAUUCGACAAAGAUUUGGGAGAAAAAGACUUAGAUGUACAGAAGAUCAGAGAAGACAUAAGGAAUCUCCUUGAAAGCCAGGAAAUCAUUGCUAAAGAUGUUCGCAACCUUAUAUCUUGGCAGUCCCUAGUCUCCAUGCAAUUGGGUAAUUUAGUCAGGGACAAUGCUAUCCUCAGAUCUGAGGUUGAAAAGGUGAGGGAGAAGCAGCAAUCUGUAGAUAAUAAGGGUAUCAUAAUAUUUCUUGUAUGUUUAAUUUUUUCAUUGUUAGCUCUUGUGAAGCUUUUCAUAGAUAUGGCGUUUAGUGUUUAUAUGGCAUUUAGUGUUCAUAGAACAGACCAGUCCAGGAAAUUUUGUCGGUUGAGCUCUUCCUGGCUCUUUUUACUUGUGAGCUGUAUCCUUGUCCUAUUUAUAUCAUCAUUAUAAUCUUUGCAACAACUCUAUUUUUUUU